GACUUAAAAUGUGUACCUUCCAAAUAUAAGUCAGAAGCAUUACUGCUUAUGCCAUUGUGCUCGGUUACCUGUACUUCGGAAUGGGUGUAGAACGUGAUCUCUCAUACUGAAGGAAGCACACCAGGGGUGUCUGAGAACAGAGUGCUGUCAAGGAGUACAAAAUGAGUGCAACAUAUAGUAUGCAUGGAAGCAAUGAUUAAUUCGUACAUUUUGGUCAAGAGCCUGAAGGAACAACGCCACUUGGAAGACCUAGGUGCAGAUGGAAAGGUAAUAUUAAAAUGGAUCUUAAAGAGUCAGGAAUGGGACGAUGUUUAAUGACCAGUACCGGGCUCUACUGAGCACAGAAAUAAACCUGCUAGUGCCAUAAAAGGCGGGGAUGUUCUAGAAUGGCUGAGUGCCUACUAAAUUCUCCAGGAAAAACGCCAUGGCCGUUUCCUUCCAAACCCCCUCCUAUUCAUAAUUAUUCAUCCGACGCCAUAUAGUCUCGAUAUAACAGCCUCGUUAAAUAAUUAAAUUUGAAAAGUUAUCCCUUAAUAUUGCGUGUCUUAGUAUAUUCCUAGUUUUCACGUAGAAUGUCUGCUUCUGUAGCGUAUACAGAUCUUAAAUAAUCUUAUGAAACACAUUAUGCUGGACAGUAUUUAUGCUGUUUGGUCCCAAGUUUCGACUAUAACUAUUACAAACAUCAGCCACCGCUCAUAUAUGCACAUGGCGGAAGUCUACGAUCACGGAUCAGCUGAUGGAAAUGUGUACUGGUUAAUUACUGUUAUCAUUAUAAAAAAUAAUUGACGAAAGAAAACAUACAACAUUCCUGUUUCACUGACAGCGAAAACAUACUACCGCGAUGACCCUAUCUAAAUAUAAGUGGGUAAAUAUGACCUCAAAUAAAGCAAGACUAAUUAUUAAUCGUUGCUGAGCAUACAAUGUGUGGAUCACCUACGUAAUAUGUAUGCUGCAUCCCUGUGAUUUAUGAGAAAAAGUAUAAUCCAGAGCGAUCCAAAGAUUACAAGUUGUUCGCAGCCGUACUCUGUUUUAAUGGAGACCUGUCAAGGCUGUGAACAAGACCAGACACGUCAAGGUUGUCGAAUUCAAAAUGGAGUGUGCCUUUGUGGGAUUGGUUGUUAUUCUGAAUACCGCUACACUACAAAAGAGGAAUGCAGGAAAGCUUUAAGAGGUAGCCGCAGAGAUGUGUGUCAGCGGAACCCUUGCCGCAAUGGAGGUGCCUGCAGUCAAACAUCAUUUGAACCAGGCUAUCGUUGCCGCUGUGAGGGAACUGGUUAUUAUGGAAGUCGUUGCCAACAUGCUUGUCCAAGUCCCAACACUGCACUGCAAGAUAAUGAAACCUUCCCUUAUGAAUGUGUGGUCAUCUAAAUACACAUGUACCCAACAUGUAAAGAAGAUAUGAAUGUUACAUACAAAGUAAAAAUUGUAACUUGUCACAAGUGGAAAUACUGAUAUAUCUUACUUAAAAGUAUUGUAAAUGUUUUGUAAACAAAAAAUGGGCUGAAAUAAAUUUUGUGUGUGUACAUACAGAAAGUAAUUAA